AUGGCCCCCCUCUGGAUCUUCUGCUGCUUAUAUUUUGCUUUGAGCAGCGUCAGUGCCGUGCUAGUGCCCCUGAACGUGCUGGUGCUCUCCACACCCGGCUUUGUCAGCACCGACUUCCUUGAGUCCGUCAUGCAGGGCUACGGCGUGCGCUACAGUGUUGUGCGCAUCGACUCGGCGGCUCCCACGCGCAUCAACUACACCGAGCUGCUGUGGCAGCCCGACGGCAAGACCCCGCGUUGGGGCGGCCUGAUCAUGUACCCCAACGUCGAGGCCAUGGGCCUCCUGAACCGGUCCGACGUCGACGCUGUCUGGGCGUUCCAGAGGCAGACUGGCGUUCGCGGCGUGAAGUUUGGCGCCUGGCCCAGCAAUGUUGGCUGGAACCCUGACACAACCGCAUGCACCUCCAGCUACUCGCGAAUGAACAUCUCCGCGGCUAUGCCCCUGGGCAUCUCGGGCAUCAAGCGCACCGCCAACCUCAGCGCUGAAGGCCUCUACAGGUGCCCAGCUCUGCGCUCUUCGCCAGCUGUCACAAGCUGCAACAUGUGGGCGGCCGACUUCACCAACCCAGGCAUCGUCAUGCCCUGCAACGUGUCGUCCAUCCUCGACCUGUCCACAACAUACGUGGGCGGGACUCUGGUCAAUUACCAGGACGGGCGCGAGGUCCUCGCCUUCAUGUUUGACUGCGGCGGCUGGAGCACGUCUUGCCUGGCCCUCGGGCACCUCGCGGUGACUUGGCUGCUGCAAAACGCUGUGCCCGGCGUGCGCCAGGCGCUGCUGACGGUCCAAACAGACGACGUCUUCCUGACCACUGAUUUCGAUGCCGGGCAGCCGGCUGGCGGCAAGCUGUUCUACCGCUUGAGCUACGCUGACCUGGCGGCUCACAUUUCCUGGCAAAACGACAUGAGCAACACACUGCCUGCGGGCAGCCUCUUCAGGGCCGACCUUCCCAUCAAUGGCAACGGCAUCCUGGAGCAGACCAACACGGGCACGACUGCGCCCGUCGACAUCAACAACGAAGGCUGCCUGGACGAUCCCCUCUACAUUAGCCUGGGCUGCAACUGCUGGUACACCGGAACGGCUUCCUGCCCAGCCACCCUGCCAGACUUCUGCAAGAGCUGCACAAAGGACUGGGCCAAGCCGCUCGGGACUGGGACAAGUCGCGUGCCCCAGACCGCUGUUGGCAGCUCGGGCAACUGGAGCCUUGCCAACAUCCAGGCCAAGGACGCACUGGCAACCGCGGUGCGCGCCAACACAGGCAACGUGGCGACAGCCUUCAGCUACUGCCACCACACCUUCACUCACGAGAACCUGGACAACGCCACAUGGUUUGACGCGGACCAGCAGCUUGCACUCAACAUCGACAUGGCCGGGCCGGCCUUCCUCAACCUCCGCAACCGUACGCUGUUCAGCUCCAAGUGCAUGGUGACACCCCAGAUCAGCGGGCUGCGCAAUGGUGACGCCCUGGCCGCCCUCGCGGGCCGCGGCAUCCAAUGCGUCACGGGCGACAACACCUGGAAGUUCCUCCUGCACCCCACCAAUCCGCACUACAUGCUUUACACUACUCCUGAUACCAACGGCUACGCCAACAUGGCCAUUCUGCCGCGUUGGGCAACGGAGGUCUACUUCAACUGCUCAACGGCCGCGCAGAACGUGCGGCUCUACAACCGUCUGUACCAGUCGUACUAUGGCACCGCCUCCACCAUCAGCGACAUCAUGAAACGUGAGGCGGCGCGCGUUGUGCGUGAGGGGCUGCUCAAGCUGCGCAAGGAUCCCCACAUGAUGCACCAGGCCAACCUGGCCAUGAUCGACGGCGUCAGCCUGCUCAUGCGCUGGACGCAGAACGUCGUAACGGAGUACAACCGCUGGGCUUCCUGGCCGGUCCAGUCUCUGAAGCUGGACGACCUGUAUGCGGCCUUCCUGGCCAGGCAGGACAGGGACGCCUGCCAGCUCACAUACUCUCUCAACGUGACAGCGACAGGCGCCGCCCCGUCCGUCGUCGUGACGAGCGCCGCGGUCCCCGGCGCACCGGGGGUGCCGGCAAAGUGCACGUCGUCGCUGCUGCUGAGCGGCGGGCCGAACGCGGGGACGCCGCGGGUGGCCACGGCCACGCUGGCGCCGGGCGGCUCUGUCACGGCAGCCCUCACUGGUGUGACCUGGCGCAAGCCCCUGCCCUGA